UCCCCGCUCAGCAAUGGCUCUCAAGUUUGUCGUUCUCUCCGCUCUGGUGGCGUACGCCCAGGCUGGUCUCUUGCCGGCGGCACCUCUGGCUGCCCUGCCCGCGGCACCGAUCGCCUACGCCGCCGCUCCGAUCGCCAAGCAGGUGAUCACCAGAGUGUCCGACGCCGAGUACGACCCCCAUCCCCAGUACUCGUUCAACUACGACGUCCAGGACAGCAUCACCGGUGACUUCAAGGCCCAGUCCGAGACCCGCGACGGAGACGUCGUCCGCGGCAGCUACUCCCUCCUCGAGUCCGACGGCACCAGACGCAUCGUCGACUACACCGCCGACGACGUCAACGGAUUCAACGCCGUCGUCCGCAAGGAGCCCGCCGCCAUCGCCCUCAAGGCCGCCCUUCCAGUGGCCCCCGUAGCCGCCGUAGCCCCAGUGGCCAAGAUCGCCGCCGCGCCUCUGGCCUAUGCCGCCCCGGCACCCGCCUACGCGUACGCCGCCCCCAUAGCAGUUGCACCCGCCGUUGUAGCCAGAGUCGAACAUUACGACCCGAAUCCUCAGUACAGUUUCGCGUACGACGUGCAGGAUCCCUCAACCGGUGACUCGAAAGCUCAAUUCGAAACUCGCAACGGUGACGUGGUCCAAGGAAGUUACUCGCUCAUCGAAGCUGACGGCACCAGACGCAUCGUCGACUACACCGCCGAUCCCAUCAACGGAUUCAACGCCGUGGUCAAUCGAGAGCCAGCCGUUGCCGUGGCACCGGUCGCACCCGUUGCUGCCGCCGCCGCCGUCGUCGAUGCGCGUCACAGGACUCUCGCCGUAGCUCCUGUGGCUCCCGUGACUCGAGUCAUCGGUGCUCCCGUGCACCGAGCCGUGGCUCCAGUCGUUGCUCAUCGUCACUUGCCUUUGACGGCGGCACCUGUGGGCCAUGUACAUGCUCACCCGGUGAGAACCGUUGCCGCCCCGGUGCUUGCCAGGACUAUCGCGGCCGUACCCAAGCCCGUUGCUGCUCCAGUUUUUGCCACUAGGGCGCUAGCUCAUACGCACGUCGCGCCAGCUCACAUUCAUACGCACUACGGCGUACCAAGGGCCGUUGCCACGAGAAUCAACUAUCCUUAUACUUACUCCUACGAAAUUUAA